AUGUCACACUCGAUCUAUGACGAAGUGAAAGUAUUCGAAGAUACGGACGAAAAUACAGACAUAAUCAAAAGUUUUAUUAAAACAGAGCAUGAAUCAACGGAAGAACCGUUCUGUGUUCUUGAUGUUGCCGAUGUGAUGCAGAAACAUCAAAAUUGGAUCGCGAAGAUGCCAAGAAUUGUCCCAUAUUAUGCCGUCAAGUGCAAUGCCGAUCCGUUUCUCCUAAAGAUUUUGGCAGUUAUGAAUGUCAAUUUCGAUUGUGCAUCCCAACAAGAAAUACGAGUGGUAAUGAAACUAGGAGUGUCUCCAAACAGGAUAAUCUUUGCGAAUCCGGCUAAGUGGACCACCCAUAUUAAAUUCGCCAAAACGAUGAAUGUAGAAAAAAUGACCGUCGACAGCGAGAUGGAAAUCAUUAAGAUAAAGGACAUUUUUCCGGAAGCGAAAGUAAUCAUUCGUAUUCGAUGUGACGCCAAAAAUGUUCUGGUAUCACUUGGAACAAAAUUCGGUUGCGAUCCGGACGAAGAAGCACUUCGAUUGAUACAUUUGACAAAAAGCCUUGGUUUAAAAUUAUGGGGCUUUAGUUUCCAUGUCGGCAGUUUAUGUUCUGAAUCAGAUGCUUACGUUAGAGGAAUCAGAACGUGUAAGAAACUAAUCUCGAUCGCUAAAGAAAUUGGAUGUAAAGACGUUCAAUUGAUCGAUAUCGGCGGUGGAUUUCCUGGUAACAGAGGAUACUCUAUCGACGAGGUGGCAAGACGUAUUAACAACGAGAUCGAGGACAUCGACCCGAGUAUCUCGAUUAUCAGCGAGCCGGGACAAUAUUAUGCAACAUCGGCAUAUACUUUGGUGUCACUCGUGCACACAAAGAAGGUUAUUCGUCAGGCGGAUGGAAUGGUUAGAAUGUAUUAUAUGAAUUGUGGAGUGUACAACGGUUUUAUAGAGGAAAUGUUGAAGUUACAAGAGAGACUGCCUAUACCGGUGUAUAAGCCAGCGAGCGAUGCGAAAUUCCUUUCAUACGUUUGGGGUCCUACCUUAGACUCUAUGGAUUGUAUCUUGAAAAAUGUAAUGCUGCCAGAAUUUCACCAAGGUGAUUGGUUAGCCUGGAUGGAUAUUGGAUCCUAUAGCAUAUGUCUCAGUACUUCAUUCAAUGGUUUUGCACCGCCGAAAGUACAUCCGUGUGCUAGGAAAAGCCAAUGGAAAAAAUUUAUUGAUUACACAAAGAGAAUGCAAAAAUCGCAGGAAUAACGGAGUGGAGAAUAGAUUAAUAAGGACCAGUCAAUAAAGAUAUGGUUAGAUACUAUUUCGAACUUAAAUUUAUUUAUAAAAUUAUUUAUUGAAUUACAAUACUUAUAUGAUGUAUUCAUUUUGUUAUAAAUAUCGUAAUAUAUUACAUUCUUCAAUUUUAAAUGUAUGAAAAAUAAAAGUAUUUUGUUGGAACCAUAACGUACUGCCUUAUUUAUGUACAUUAAUUAAUGUGACUAAUGUAUGUGUAUACAGAAUUAUGUUUAUAACAAUGUAUUCUUGUUCAUCAUUUGUUAGACACUGAAAACAUGUAUUUUA